AUGCCGUCAGAAAUCAUACCUCCGGAAUACCUCCAAGAAGAAGAAACCCUAACCCCAGAAACCCGAAACACCAUCUCAAAACUCCCGAAAGAAAAGGGGUGGCUGGUCGCACACCUGUACCUGUACGAGGGCUUCUGGUACCCCGCCCGCUACCUCCAGGGUGUCGUGGCCUGCCAGACCCAUUUCCGUCCCCUCCCCACCGACAUCCUCCUCGUCACCACCCCCAAAUCCGGCACCACCUGGCUCAAGGCCCUCGUCUUCACCCUCGCCAACCGUGCCACUCACCCCCCUUUCCCCUCCAACCACAACCAUCCUCUCUCCUCCGCCAGCCCCCACCAACUCGUCCCCUUCCUCGAGAUCAGCCUCUUCGUCAACGGCCGAGCCCCCGACUCCUCCUUUUACCCCUCCCACCAGCGCCGCAUCCUGGCCACCCACAUGCCCUUCUCUUCUCUGCCCUAUGCCUCAAAUGGCGGGAAAGUGAUCUACCUCUGCCGGGACCCCAAGGACGUUUUUGUCUCCCUCUGGCACUUCACCAACGCCCUCAAGCCCGAGGGCUCCGCCCCAACCCCCGUCCAGGACGUGCUCCACAUGUUCUGCCGCGGGGUCAGCAUCUUCGGGCCCUUCUGGGACCACGUGCUCGGUUACUGGUACAAAAGCCGCGACGCCCCCGAUAAAUUUCUCUUCCUCAGGUACGAGGAGCUCAAGGAGAGCCCGGGUCCUGUGCUUAGGCGCCUGGCUGCUUUCCUCGGCUGCCCCUUCACCCACGAGGAGGAGGCCUCGGGCGUUGUGGAAAACAUUCUCGAAAUGUGCAGCUUCGGUAGAUUGAGCGGGCUCCAAGUUAAUAGGACUGGGAAGCUGUCGUCCGGGGAGGAGAACAGGGCGUUUUUCCGGCGUGGGGUGGUUGGGGAUUGGGAGAACUAUUUGGGACCCGAGAUGGCCCACAGGAUUGAUUGCAUCACUGAGGAAAAGUUCCGCGCCUCGGGUUUGCUCAUGUAG